AGCUGUCAUUUUGCUGCUGUCCUCAUCAGCGACUCCGCUGCCCGGGGUGUACUAGAGAAAGCACCCUGAGUAAACACCCAAUCGCCAGCUGACCAUCAAACCUGCUAGACCAGAAAUGCCAAUAGCGGACUUGCUGGGAGUGCGCUUUGACAUGCAGCUCCUGGGCAAGCUGACUCUGUCUGUGGCUGCGAUUCUGCUCAUCUCCUGGGCUUACAGAUUCUACAGCUCAAGGGCUCAAGGCCAAACUCAGACCAUCGGCAGAACCCCCCUGCCUAGGGGCACUCAGACAGGCGCUGAAACCUGCAGCAACUGCAAAACGGUGUUACAACCCCAGAAGAAAACUGCGAAAGAGGAGGCUAAUGGAGAGAGCCAGUCUAGGCAAUCCUCUGUGGAUUUGGUAAAAGACAUUUUUAAACCCGAGGAAAGUGAUGCAGCACAUCCCUGUGAAAAUGAAGAGUCUAAAUCUGAAGUCUUUGCAUUUAAAACCAUGCAAUAUUCUACAUCUGUAAGAAGUGACAUCCAGGAUUUUUGCCAGGAUGCUGUUAAAGAAACAAGUGAGUCAAAAGACUGCAAAUCAGAAUUAACUUUACUUCUACCAGACGAAGCUGGCAAAUCCUCAACAACAGUGAACAACAGUUCAACAGGGCGUCGUUCACCAUGCCUGCUAAGGAAAGUGGAUGGUGGCAUUGAGGUUGGCAGAGAGCUCAGGCAGGACUUGGGUCAUUUGGGCAACUUCUCCAGUUUCCAAUCCAAGGCAGAGAUCAAAAUGGAGAAUGCUGACCUGGUGCUGGAGGGAACAGGUAACCAGAAUACUGGAGUACGUGGAAAGAUUUACGAUUAUUAUGUCGAGACAUCCUCGCAUUCUAUUUCAGAUUUGAGCCCCACUCACUCUCUAAGCCCAACUUUUGGACCAUAUGAAACUGGCAACUUGUUUGAUUCAAAGCUGUCCGAACUGUCUGGUAUCAUGGAUAAACCCCGAAGUCCAAGCCCCCUCCCUUCUGCUUUAAUAAUCAGAGAUCUGGAAUUAUCUCACGAUUCAGAUGGGGAGCCUCUGUCUCCAAUGAAAUCUGAGCCAAUAAAACUUCUUAGACAAGGACUAAUUCGCAAGGACAGUUACCUAGCUGCUGCAGUAGACUCUGAACUGCAGAUCCCAUUUCCUCCUCCAGUGACUUCAACACCUUGCAGUCACUCACCGACAGUUCCUAGUGAAAUGUUGCAAAACUAUUCUGACUCAAAUAAUAAAGAAAUGCAACACAUCAAUAGAGCAUCUUUUAAAGAACCAGGCACCCAAGUACAAACAGUUGCUGGGGCCAAGUUUCUCAACUUUCCUCCUCAGGAAAAUGUGGGAUGUUCAGAAUUAGAGAGUCUAAAAGGAAAGCUUGAUUUGGGCAACUGCCUAGAAGCUCUGAUCCUGGCCAAGAAAUACGGACACAGUACUCUCCAGAAGUCUGCUCUCAAAGUAAUGUCCGACAAUUACUUUCAGGUCCUGCGAGAUCCAGCCCUGUAUGGUAGACUCAAAGCAGGUGAGCGAGAUCAGAUUCAGAGGCAGCGAAUGAGAGGCAGAAGAUGCUUGAUGGUGGCUGACAUGGAGUCUCCAGAGUGGAGUAGACUUCCAUCCCAGUCUACAAUGUCCGAAGCCAAAAAAGCAUCUAGUGGACUAUAUUACUAUGAUGACUACAAAGACACCUGGCAUUAUCAGUGCCAAAUCCCUCAGGAAGUCCUAUCUAGAGGCUGUGCCAUGUGCACCAUGGACAACUACCUGUUUGUUGCUGUAGGCUUUCAAGGAAACAGUCUAGCAGUGCCUUCGAGGAAGGUCUUUUGUUAUAAUCCCAUUACAUCCAUUUGGAGUGAAAUCUGUCCGAUGAACGAGGCCAGGCCUCACUGUAAGCUUGUUACUCUCCAGGACCAUGUCUAUGCCAUUGGAGGGGAGUGUCUGUCAACAGUUGAGCGAUAUGACCCCAGGAGCAACAGAUGGAGCUUUGUCGCACCACUGCCCAAUGAGACUUUUGCAGUUGCCCAUCGAGCCACAGCUUGCAAUGGGGAGUUGUUUGUCUCGGGAGGUACGUUGAAGUACACGCUGUUACGCUACAACCCCAAGACUGAUGUAUGGAGGCAGAGUUUGAUAGUGGGAAGCAAAGAGAGGACUACAGAAAUGGUGGCGGUGCGGAACUUUCUUUACCGGUUUGACGUGAGCCCCACCAUGGGCAUCAGCGUGUAUCGAUACCAUGCUGUGGCCAGGCUUUGGUACGAGUGCUGCUCCAAGCGAAUGCCUCACUGCCCUGCCUUUCAGUGCAUCGCCAUGGACGACGUUAUCUACUGCGUCAGUCGACAGUUUACCAUGAGAUUCUUAGCAGACGAGAUAUCGCCAGGCUUCGUGGCCGAAGAUUUAAAGGUUCUUUCGGCCGCCAAGGGCAUUCUGUUCCCUUUUGUCCUCGCUCUGCCAGAUAAAAGCACUAUUCAAACCAGUGUAUGAGCAAGGUCAGCUCACGUGAGCGAAAGACUGGUGAGAGUGGUAAGAGAGAACACUCAAUGUUCAUUGCUGAAGACCAGAUUAAGCCCUUUGAUAUGUUGCUGGAAUGCAUAGUCGUCUUAAUCAGUGGCAGUAGAAGUGAAAUAUCAAGGCUAUUAAAGCCAGUAAUUGUAAAGCUAGAUCAGAUUCAUUGUGCACUCUCUGCUCGAUAAAUUUGCGGCUCCAAUGAGAGCUGCUUGUUAUUAGGGUUUUCCGUUCACUCUUGAGUCUAAGUAAACUCCUAAAUCUAGUUAAUGCUUGAGUGUUCUGGCUUUAAGUGUUUUGCUCAAAUAUACUGCCCUGGAACUCUAUAAGCAAAACGUCAGCCAAUCGAUAUGUAGAGCAGGGCAAUGCUGCAAUUACUGGAGUUGCUGUAAUGAAUAACUCAAAUCCUUGUCAUUUCUAGAAUUUAUGAAGGUUGGAUAAAAAUAUGCAUGGCAUGCUUGAUUUUACUCUUGUUUGGGAAUUGGCACCCAUUAAUUCUGGAUAAUAAAUUAUCUUCACCCAUGUCCUUUUGUUGAAAGCCAAUACUGUCUGUAAAAUGAGCACACCAUAAUGUAAGAGUUUGUAAGUUUGUACUGUAUAGUUUUACCUCUAAAUCUAAUAUAAGUCAUAACUUCACAUAUAUGCUGGGAUUUCAUAAGUUAAUUGAUCAUGUUCUGUAAGUUAAUUGUAAAUAAUACAAAAUAGUAUAGUAGUAUGUAUA